AGAUCCCUGGUUACAUUCGAGACGGCCGUCGUAUAUCCCCCAUGUUCAGCUGCUUGCAACAGAGCGGAUCUGAGCAAGUGUUUGAGCAGGUCAUGUCUGAGGGUGAGUCCAUGUUGCCCCGCAGCUUGGAAGGGACGCUCAGGGAGGUCGUCUCCUCCCUUCAGGGUUUUGUGGAAGAGAAUCAGCGCAGUAUGCAGUUGCUACAGCAGCAUCAGAAGAGGGCCAUGGAACAGGAACAUUUGUGUCAGAAGAUUCAAUCCUGUGUGGGACACCUCAUAGUGGAUUUUGGUUUGGCCAACGAGAUGGACACGCCACAGGCACAUCAUCUCAUCACCUUUGAUCCUGACAAUACCAGCAAUACUGCUAAGUCGGCAACGGCUGUGAAGGCUGAGGUGGGUCUGGCUUUCUCCGAGGGAUCCGGUGACGCUGACAUAUCCUGGGACAUGCCGGCACUGGCCACUUCGCAUUCUGGCAAGGCGGCCACGUUGCGACAACAUUCCGAGCGGAUGAGGGAACACAGCCUCGCCCAACGAGGGUUGAAUCAAAUGGCCAGAGCCUUCGACAUGUUGGAGACGAUUCGUGAACCAGUAAGACGAGGAGGCCUUGCAGUUGUGGUGCAAAGCGUCUACUUCAAUCUCCUGUCCUUGAUGGUGAUUCUAUCGAAUACAAUCUACAUCACUCUCUGGGCGGAUUACGAACUUGCUUCUCCUGGUGUGAGUGUAGAACCAGAACAAGCGCUGGAAUGGGCCUUUUCAGCCUUCUACUGUUUGGAGCUGGCAGCGAAGUUGGCGGUGCAUCGCUUCUAUUUCUUUUUGAAUGAGGAUUGGUGCUGGAACACGUUUGACUUCUUGCUGGUGCUACUGGUGUUGCUGGAGAACUGCAUCUCGGCAUUCUCGUCGGUGGAUCCCACAGGAUCUGUCAACAUCAUGUUUAUCCGCGUCUUGCGGCUCUUCAAGCUGGCUCGGGUGCUUCGGAUCAUGCGAACCUUUCGCUUCUUCCGUGAGCUGCGCUUGAUGACCGAGUGUGUCGUUGGGUCGAUGAUGAACGCUGUUUGGUGUGUGGCGUUGCUCUUCAUCGUGAAGUACAUCUUUGCGCUUCUCAUAGCCCAGGCAAUCGUAGGACAUUGGUUCGACCAAGGUGGAACGGAAGGACCUGGUGCUGCAAUGAUUCUGCAAUUCUACCCAUCGGUGAGUGGCAUCAUGGUGACCCUGUUGCAGUCCACCACUUCGGGAUUGGACUGGGCAGAUGCUUUCCAUGCACUGGCGCCAACAGGAGUUGUCCUGCAGGUGCUCUUCAUCGCCUUCAUUUUGGUCUUCACCGUGUCAAUUUGGAACAUUGUCACAAGUGUCUUUGUUGAAAAGGCGCUGAAGCUGGCACAGCCAGACUUGGACGCCAUUGUCAUGGAGCAGCUGAGCCAGGAGAAGUCGAUGUUCAAAAGCCUGGUGGAUUUCUUCUCGUCCAUCCAGGGUUCGGAGGAGGUGGAUGAUGAGGAGGAGAUCAGCCCCGCAGCCUUCAAACAGAAGGUGGAUGAUCCCAAGUUCCGCUGCUACUUGUCUGCUCAUGGCAUUGAUGUGAAGAACGUCAAAACCUUCUUUUCGAUGCUGAGCACCGGCUCGGAGGGAGUGGAAAUCAAACGGCUGGCUCACGCCUGCGUGCGAAUGAAAGGCUUUGCCACCAGCCUCGAUCUGCAGAGCCUGGGCUUCGAGAGCAAGCUGAUGCACCAAAAGCAGAUGCAGAUUCUCAAGAGGAUGAAUCAGCAGAUGAAGCAAAACGAGCUGGCUAUUCAGAAGUUGCUGGGACCAUGGGGGAGCAACUGACAGGCCAAUCACUCCUCAGCUGAGCUGGCAAUUUCUAGCAGUUUUGUAGUCAUUGUCCGGAGGCCUUUGUUGGCCGCAACGAAUUGAUGGGCUUUGUUGAGUUGCCAGCAUUCUUCCGCACAAACCCAGAGAUCUCCCCAAAGAUCUCCCAAAUUGCCACAGGACACAGAAUUGGAUUGUGAGAUAAAUCUCCAUGAAUUCCAAGAUGGAAAUUGCCAUAGCAGAUCCAACAUGUACCAGAGUUUGGCCCAUCCACCACUGCCAAGGAUGAUUGAGGAGAGUAGUCUUC